AUGGGCACCGGCCAACUGCGGAACCCCCCGGCGCAGCACCCGGGACAAGGGAACGCGCCGCUCUCCUUGCGGGGCCCGCGGAGACCGAAGCGCCGGCACCCGCUGCUGCAGAACACGGUGAGCGACCGGUGGAACGGCUGGUGCGGGGCCGGGGUGACAGGCCGCCCUCCCUUCGCCGGACGGUUUCACGUAGAAGGGAACCGGGAGGGGGCGGAAAGGCUGCCCGGAGCCCGGGGGGGGCGCCCCGGAGCGGUGCCGGCCGCUCUCCCCAAAGCUACCGUAUUGGAUUUGUCCUGUAACAACCUCAUUUCCUUGCCGUCAGACUUCUGCAGUUUGAUGCAUCUGGUGAAACUGGAUUUGAGUAAAAAUCGGCUUCAACAGCUGCCCUUGGACUUUGGGCGCCUGGUCAACCUGCAGCACCUGGACCUCCUGAACAACCGCUUGGUCACCCUGCCAGUCAGCUUUGCACAGCUCAAGAACCUGAAGUGGCUCGAUCUGAAGGACAAUCCCCUUGAUCCUGUCCUAGCUAAAGUAGCAGGAGACUGUCUGGAUGAGAAGCAGUGUAAACAGGCUGCUGUCAAGGUACUGCAGCACAUGAAGGCGAUCCAGUCCGAGCAGGAUCGACAGCGGCAACGGAAGCUCCAAGCAGAGCGAGAAAUGGAGAAGAAGCGUGAAGCAGAACAGCGAGCAAAGGAGGCUCAAGAGCGGGAACUGAGGAAGCGAGAGAAGGCAGAAGAAAAGGAACGCAGAAGACGGGAGUACGAUGCUCAGAAAGCUGCAAAACAGGAGAUGGAAAAGAAAACCAAAAAAGCAAACGUGCAGACCCGAAAGCCCGCCUCCAGUUCUCGGCCCCCUCAGCCCCCCCGGAACAAGCACUCCUGGUCGCGGUCGGUGCUGAGGGUCCUGCUCGUGGCGCUGCUGUGCGUCCUCUGCGCUUUGGCUGCCUGCAAGCUGACGGAGCUGCAACGUCAGCCCCUGUGCGUCAGCGUCAACGCUCUCUACGAGGACGUGUUAGCCGCUCUGCAAAACCACAAAACCCUGCAAAAUAUGCUACAACAGAACUCGCAGCAGUGAUUGCCCUGGGCGGGCACUUGCUUCGUCAGCGUCUCCCUCCACCAUCUACGCAGCCAGAAUUCCUAUGGAAUUGUGUUCUGAGGAAACUGCUUUUGAUCAGGCAGCAUUGGUUUGCUGGUCCACUCCACACAGAGCAGAGUUCUUGUUCCGAUCACCUUCGCUGUGCAUGUUUCGCAGUUGGCCUGUAACUCCCAUUCUCUGCCCAGGUUCACCUA